CACAUGUUCAAAACUAUGGUAAUUUGUUUUAAAGGUUCCACUAAAAAAUCUUGAGGCGCCAUUUAUUUUUUAGGAUUUCCCUACAUUUCAACAAAAUCUUACGAAUGAAGAUUGUUUAAGUUUCCUAGCAUUUUUAGCGCAACAACCGAAAACAGUUUUACAUUACAAUUUUGAAAACUAUUCAAAAAUACUCAUUCAUUGUAUAAAAUGCAUUUCAAAUGAGGAAAUGGAAUUUAUUAUUGACGUUGUGGAAUCUGGUACAAUCAUUUUAAAUCAUACAUCGAUAAAAGUGCAAAAUAAUUGGUUAUUUAAUGUUCUGAUGCUCGUUUCAAUGAGACACUUGAAGAACUUCACGGAUCUAGUCUCCAAAACUAAAUUACAAUGUAAACUUUUUCAAUUGACUCUUGACAACAUCAAAGUUGAUAAUGUACUUAGUUUACAUUUGUUGCGUCUGUUGGAAAUGUUUUCAAAGUGUAAAAACGUUUGUUUAACGCAAGAAAUACUCACAAACAUAUUGGAAACAAUGAGCAAAGUCGCAGUUUCACCAAUUACAGGAUUUAAAUAUUAUUCACAGAGUAUUUCCAGAUUUGCUCUGUUACAAUUACCAUAUGAAACGUCCUCGAAAUUGUGCAAUUGGCAUAAUGUUCCAAUUAGGAAUGUCGACACACGCGAUCUGAUCAAGAUUAAUAAUGUUUGGGACCAAAAUUAUAUAGAAAAAAUGCUGGAAUUGUUCAAAACCAACGUGGACAGUAGAGAAGCCGGAUUUAUGUAUGAUAAUUUGUUAAAUCAAAGCUUUGAGGAUUGGAAAUCUAAAGUGUGGCCGUUUUUUAACGAUUUUCAUCACUUGGAAACUGACGGCGAAUUUUUCCAAAGUUUACUAAAAUAUGUUUUGCCGUUAACCGUAAAACGGUACAAGAGAGAAUUUUAUGAAUUUUUAUACUCCACGUCCAGAAAUGACGUGAUUAAUGCUUGUGCUUUGUUCGAAUUGAAAAAAAUCACGUAUCAAAAUUACGAUCAUCAUUUUAGGAAAUAUUUGCGUAAUCCAUCAACCAGAUCAGUAGCUUUGAAAAUUAGUACUUCUUAUUUUAAGAUAACACAAGAAAUUACAAAAAAUGAUCAAGAUUCAAUUUUAUUUUAUUUAUACUCGUGUCCGGAUUUAAACGAAGCUGAUACGAAACAAUUGAAACGAUUCUUUUCUCAUUUAUCUUUAUAUUCGCAUUGGUGCUUUAAGAAAAACCAACUGGAUAAUUUAAAAACUAUCAGACAGUUUCUUGAUGAACUUUAUAAAUACUUUGUUAGUAGUUUUGCGACAAAUUGUGAUGUUGUAUCGAAAGUUUUGUGUCUGCUUUUCGAUUGUUUUGUCUGUGGCUACAAAGAUUUAGAUUUGUCGUAUAAUUUAGGAAAAAAUGAACAAUAUAAUCCUGGCGAAAAUUUAUCUUAUGAUUAUUUAAACAUAAAAAGUAGUUUUAACAAUCAAAUUCUAGUUAACAUUAUUAAGAGUUGCUUUAAAAUUUCUGAUGGUUACAGUUUUGAUUUAACCACGUUAAUUAGUAGACAUUUUGAUGGAAUUUUAAAUUUUGAUAUGAUUAAAAUCGUUGAAAAACUUUCAGAAAUAAUUAAUUUGCAAUCUUGCGAAAAGGUAAAAAAUUACACCAAGUUGUCUAAUUUAAAAUCUAAUACUAUAGACAAAAUUUUAAUUAAUUACCAUAGUGUGUUAACUGAAGAUUUGGUUAAAGAUAUCCACAGUUUAUUCAAAGCAGUGUUGUAUCAAGAAAUAAUGAUCGUAGUUGAGUUUAACUCGAAGACAACAAUUUUGAAAACAGCACAAGUUAUUUCGGACAUAUUAGGACAAGAAAACUUUCGAUUGUUAAAUAGCAAAAGCACAAAAGUCCUCGAAACAUUCAUAAACAACACCCUCGAAUUGAUUCGAACAGUCUUUCCUCAACUAACAACGCAAGAAAAACAAAAUAUUUUCGACAUACUGACGAAAAUAAUCCAGAUGAGCAACAUGAAACGCCCCGUAUCUUUGUCAGUGGGAGUGAUGGCACUUUACGGCGGCCCCGAAGACCAAAAUUUACGUAUUAAACUACUUGGAGACGCCCUAAAUUUAGUUUGUCAAAGUCCCGAAUUACUGAACGUGAAGAUUCGAAGAAACCCUCAAUGUCGACUGGUCAUACACGCUUUAAGCGCACACGAACAAAACUCUGAAAAACCGCUGUUGCAUUGGAGCAUGGAACAUUUGAUAGAAAUACUCUGUAAGUUGGAUUCAUCCGAUUCAUCCAUCGCCUCAAGUUGCCAUUGUUUGGAGCUGUUGAUUUCGGACAACACGAUUCAGAAUCACACCAUGGUUUAUCUGGAGCGAAUCAUUAGAUGUACCAUUCAUCUUUUCGAUAAGGACAAUUGGAACGUACGUAACGCACAAAUGCAACUGAUCAAAGUUAUUAUCGAACGGUAUUUUGGCGUGGCUGCUGCUAAAAGUUGUAGGCCAAAGAAUAUUUUAGAUUUGAUUAUUGUCUAUCCCAACUUGCGUGAUUAUUUUUCUUCUUUACUCCAAACUAUGGAUGUGAACAAAAAGUCUGUUAUGGCAUGUUUGUACAUAAGCGAAAGCAACUUCCACAACACGAUUUCCCAUGAUCAAAGUAUGGAGGAGACGAAAUGUAUAUUUAAAACGUGUUUGGAAAAGAAUUUAUUGGAGUUUUCUGGGUAUUAUGGGGAAUUAAUUUCACAUUCACUUACUGCUAUGUGUCCGGAUGAUGAGAUUGAACGAGACUUUGAACAAACCGUUGAACAGAUUAUAGAAAAUAAUUACAGUCUAUGUGUUUUAAAAAAUUUCCUGGUCAAACUAGAAGAGUUGUACUUGAAAUAUUCCAAAAAACAUAAAUUGAAAUGUUACUUGGAUAAAUUAGUUUUACAUUUACAACCGGAAGAGGAACCACUGAAUUUUUUACUCUACAGAGUUCUGCCAGCAAAUCAAAUAUUGUCCCAACUGAAUGAUAAAAACUACAACAAUUUUCAGGACAGAAUUUGGUUACAUAACAAUUUAAUAACUGUUGAUUACUCCAACUGUGACGUCUUAAAAUAUGUACUUGAAAACAACAUUGGUGAUAGUUUAAGGGUGAAAAUUUUGAAUAUUGUGGCCAGUCAGCAACAUUGUUUGGACAAUGGGACAAUGGUGUUGAAAGUUCUUGUUUCAAACAUGUUAAAGUCCAGCAAUAAAUAUUUAAUAUCUUGUUACUACAAUACAAUUUUGUUGUUAAUCAAAAAAAGUGAGAUUCAUUUUUAUCCAGAACUGAGACAAUUUUAUUCUACCGAAAACUUGUAUAAAAUUAUGGUUUUAAUUAUAUUUAUCAGUUGUGGACAAACUAAUAAAACAAAUUUAGAUUUGGAGUUUGUUGAACGUUGCGUAGAAAUUUACAAAAAAGAAUAUAAUAACGAAGUAAUCGCCUCUAGUUUAAAAUAUUUGUUCUCAUGUUUAUGUUGCGAGAAACUGAAAUUGGAUGUUCUAAAAAUCGCAUUUUGUUUGUUUUUAAACGUAGAAACCAACACGGAAAUUUGUGAUUUCUUUAACUGUACAAUGAACGAAUUUUAUUCCAUUCCUAUUUUAAGCCUGAAACACUUUUUAACUUACGAAAAUCUGAUCAAACAUUUGAGCCAUUUAAACGUAGGGAAAUUUCUAAAAGAAAUUCACGAUUUUACGACUAAUUUGAAUGACGUUUUUUCGGAUUCCGACACGUUUUAUUUAGUACAAAACGACUCUGUUGUACCUAAAAGUUUGUUAGUUAAGAUUUUGUACAUUUGUAUGUCUGAAUAUAUGGAUAAUUGUUUUUAUUGCGUUUUAUUAACUAAACGUUUUACGGGACAAAUAACGACAAGAACAAAAAAAAAAAAAAAAAAAAAUAAAAGAAGAGGUAAAAACCCGAAAAAUGUGUUUUUGUGCGUGUCCAACACAUUUGAAGACACUUGUUGUGUUUUCCGAAUUAUAAAAACAGGGAGCGAAAACAUCCUGUGA